CGGAGUUUCGCCUCGGGGGACUACCGCUCCCGGCAUGCAGUGCGCCGACAUGAGGGGAGAAGGCGGGGCCUAGAUGCUUCAACGCCCGGUGUGCACGGCGGGAGGAGGAGGUGCGGAUGGAAUGGAUCCCGGCAUGCAUUGCGCGAGUCCUGACAGGAACAAGUCUGUUUUAAAAAGUUAAAAAGGCGGCCUGGACUGUGUUUCCCAGCAUGCAUUGCGCGAGCUCCGUCGGCGACUAUAUUUCCCAAAAUGCAUUGCGAGAGUCCUGCGGGGCGGCUGGCUGCUAUAUUUCCCGGCCUGCCUUGCGCUAUCCCGCAGUAAAUCCCUUUUUCCCUCAACUGCAGAAACAAAAACAAUGACUUUCUAGGUCUAUUAAAAAAAACACAUUCGCCCCCCCUCGGCCUGUAUUGAGCGGUCCCUUCCCGUCGGUCGCCCUUUCUCUCCGGCCGGAAGUGGCUCUGCACAGCUCGGACUACGUUUCCCAGCGGGCUCCGCAGCGGAAGUGCUUUGAAGCCCCGCCCGCGCGCAACCAAUCGCUGCUGCUGCUGCGGCGGCGGCUUCUCCUGCGGGCAUCGCGAUGGCGCCCACGAUCCAGACCCAGGCGCAGCGGGAAGAGCCGGGCCACAGGCCCAACUCCCACCGGACCCUCCCUGAGAGAUCGGGGGUGGUGUGCCGGGUCAAGUAUUGCAACAGUCUCCCCGAUAUCCCCUUUGACCCCAAAUUCAUCACAUACCCAUUUGACCAGAACAGGUUUGUACAGUACAAAGCUACCUCUCUGGAGAAGCAGCACAAACAUGACUUGCUGACUGAGCCUGACUUGGGGGUCACCAUAGAUUUGAUCAACCCUGAUACGUAUCGCAUUGACCCCAAUGUCCUCCUAGAUCCUGCUGAUGAGAAAUUGCUGGAGGAGGAAAUUCAAGCGCCAACCAGUUCCAAGAGAUCCCAACAGCAUGCCAAGGUAGUGCCAUGGAUGAGGAAGACGGAAUACAUCUCCACAGAGUUCAACCGCUACGGUGUCUCCAAUGAGAAGCCAGAGGUUAAGAUUGGUGUGUCUGUCAAGCAACAGUUCACAGAGGAGGAAAUCUACAAGGAUAGAGAUAGCCAGAUUGCAGCCAUUGAAAAGACCUUCGAGGAUGCUCAGAAAUCGAUCUCUCAGCACUACAGCAAGCCUCGGGUCACUCCAGUGGAGGUCAUGCCCGCCUUCCCUGACUUCAAGAUGUGGAUUAACCCCUGCGCUCAGGUCAUCUUUGACUCUGACCCGGCGCCAAAGGACACCAGCGGGUCAGCCGCCCUCAAGAUGAUGUCCCAGGCCAUGAUCAGGGGCAUGAUGGAUGAAGAAGGGAACCAGUUUGUGGCCUACUUCCUUCCUGUGGACGACACGAUGCGCAAGCGGAAACGUGACCAAGAUGAGGAGAUGGACUACACCCCCGAGGAUGUGUACGAGUAUAAGAUCGCCCGGGAAUACAACUGGAAUGUCAAAAACAAAGCCAGCAAGGGCUAUGAGGAGAACUACUUCUUCAUCUUCCGAGAGGGCGACGGGGUCUAUUACAACGAACUGGAGACCAGGGUGCGUCUGAGCAAACGGCGAGCCAAGGCUGGGGUGCAGUCCGGAACCAAUGCUGUGCUGGUGGUCAAGCACAGGGAUAUGAACGAGAAGGAGCUGGAGGCACAGGAAGCCCGCAAAGCCCAGCUAGAGAACCACGAGCCAGAGGAGGAAGAGGAGGAGGAGAUGGACUUGGGCAAAGAGGUGCAAGGCUCAGACGAAGAGCCGGAGAAAGGUAGCGGGAGCGAGAAGGAAGCCAGUGAGGCGGAAGAGGACGAGGAAGGCCGCUCUGCCAGCGAGAGUGAGCCAGAGGCCAGUGAAGGGGAGGGGGUGGGUGCCGAGGAGAGCGAGGAGGACGAACGGGCGGCCCGGGACAAGGAGGAGAUCUUUGGCAGCGAUGAUGACGAGGAGGAAGAGGAGGAGGACUCUGAGCAGGAGGGCGGCCGGCCCGAGGGGGACGAAGAUGAGAGUGGCAGCGAGGAGGAGGAGGAGGAGGAAGAGGAAGAGGAGGAGGAAGGGGGGAGCCGGCGCCAGCAGCGUCGCAGCAGCCACAGCCCGUUCCACAGUGGCAGCGAUGAUCACUCCAAUCACGAGGAGGAGGAGGAGGAAGGGGAGGCCAGCGCUAGCGAGGCCCCGUCGGAGUCCAGUGAGGAGGGCAGUGACAGCGAUUAGUGUUCUGGGGGCACCUCGUGCCGUGGCUGUCGGUGUCUCCUUUCAGAACAAGACUGCAACUCUCACCUGGAGGAAGGACAGCUGGGAACGAUUGGUGCUUACCUUAGCUGCUGCUGUUGCUGCUGGUCGUUCCCUCCUUGCUAGUAAGUCAAGGGGAUUCAGGGAAGCUUCUUGUCCCAUGGCGUUAGAGGUAGAUAGGAGGACUUCCCCCCUCGCCACCCCUUUCCACUGAUGAUCCUCCACCUCUGCUGUCAAACUCUUGCAGCAAACCUUAUGCAGAAAGACUGGUGUGUUAACUUUUGGAGGGGGGCACAUUGUUGGUUCCUUGGCUGACAUUCUUGUUGUUCUUUUCAUUGCUGUACAGAAUGUGCUGUGUUGCAGAUCCUAACCCCCGAAAUAAAAGCAUUUUCUCUCUUGAA